AUAUAUGAGAAGAUUAUAAUCGAUAGCUCAGAUCAAUUAUUAGCUAUCGAUUAUAAUCUAUACUGGGGGAUGUCAUGAAAUGCGUGUCACAUUUAUUCCUUAAACCUCUAAACGGUAUCAUGUUGUACUGUCGCACGCUAUAUAGCACGAGUAACUGCUCACAAACUCCAAUACAUUCGCCACUUGCAGCUGGUGAAACUAUUUGCGCCAUCAUGAAGGUGUCAGCCCUUGUGAGUGUCAUUGGCUUAGUUAUCACUGCGUCGGAAGCUCAAUUUAUAAACGUAAAUUUAGCAGACGAACUGUCACAACAAAUCAGCUCUGGAAAUGUCCCCAUGACCUCCAUCGGAACUGACGGUGUUCCAUCCUCCGCUGGAAGCCAGGCGGGGCAAUCUUCAGGCACUUCUUCAGAACAAACUUCCUCCACGAAUGGAAACAGUCCUCUUUCAGUUAAGUUUGGUCCCAGCAGCCGAUUUAAGAAUACUGUCUCGUUUAAUUCACAGACAAAGAAACUUUCACGCAAACUGAAAGACAUGAUUGAUCGCAUGGAUGAUCUUGAAAAUUAUUUCAAGAACUCUGGUGUAUACAGCCCUGAAAACAACACUAUGGAGAGUACCAGCAAUGAACAGCCAUUCGGCACCGCUGCAGAUUUUGUUGUACCUCGCGUAGCCACACGUGCAUCGUCUCUUGCUGGUGGUAUACCACAGAUGAACCAGCGCAUUGAGGAUUUGAAAAAGGCCAUUGCUGACUACAAAAUAUCUAAUCCUGCUGUUGAAGUUACAACUAACGCUGGAGUCAAUGAAGGGGGCAUGACAACAGACGCUGCCUUCACAGAGGGAACCAAUACACAGUUCACCGAUCGUAUCUUCUCUGGUUACUUUGACGAUGACAACCUGUACGACAUUUCUGGCAUGGCCGUGAGUAUGUCUCACGAUGGCAUUAUAUACGCCGCAAACGACAAGUCCUCUUCCAGAAACCUCAACGAUGUCUAUGUGGUUAAUGCCACCAACGGUAAAGUGCUCAACACGAUAGAAGUAAAAGGCGCCACAAACCAUGACUGGGAAGACAUGGCAGUUGCUCGCUGUAGUGCAACAUCUAAAUCAAAUUGCAUCUACAUUGGGGACAUUGGAAAAGGUUAUAACGGCCGUAAUUCCAACAAAAUCUACAAGAUUGUUGAGCCAGAUGACCCCGUUCACAUCAGUUCUGUAGAUAUUGAAGAAACCAUUUCCUUUAGUGGCAUCAGUCAGGACAUGGAAACCUUAAUGGUGAGCCCAGACCUCAAGAUAUACGUCAUACCUGAAGAUGAUGAUGAAGUUACUCUCUAUAAGAUUGAAAAUGGUAGGGCCAUGGAAAUGUGUCAGAUUAGUCUCGAAUCAGAGUAUGAGGCCCCAACAAGUGGCGACAUUGCAUCCUGCGGGACGAAGGUACUCCUGAAAGCCGUCGAUUACGUGUACUUCUACUACGUGCCAGAUGGAAACUAUGAAGCCGCAUUAUGUGACCCGAAUCCAAAGGUCCACCGCCUUCAAUACACAGCAGAGAGGAAUGGCCAGGUGGUCGCCUUCAAACCAGGGGGCCUGUCGUAUUACACCUGUACAGAAGAGGAGUAUUCUCCACUAUGGAGAUAUGACUUGCUCAAGGUCAACGAGGUGUGAUUUCUCCAACGAGUGUUGGAAAAUGUAAUACGACCAUUAAACUGUAAGUUGAG